UUUCGUUUUUUUUCAUUUUUAAUGCGUUCAAUCUUUUAACGGCUGUUACCGAUUAUAAAAUUAACUGAACGUGUGUGCUUUGAAGAGACAUGGGCACUGCAGAUACCAUACCAGUUGUCAAAAAAUUAUUAAUAAAUGAAAAUAAUGACAUUAUCGAAGAUUACGGACCGAAUUUGAAAUUAUUACCUUGUAACAAUCAAGUUAAAGAAUUACAAACAAUUUUACGCGACAAGAAUACCACGAGGAGCGACUUUAAGUUUUAUGCCGAUCGUUUGAUUAGGCUUGUUAUAGAAGAAAGUUUAAAUCAAUUGCCUUUUUCCAAACAUGUGGUCAUAACGCCAACCGGAUCACAAUACAAUGGUUUAAAAUAUCAAAAAGGUAAUUGCGGUGUUUCUAUUAUAAGAAGCGGAGAAGCAAUGGAACAAGGCUUAAGAGACUGUUGUCGUAGUAUAAGAAUUGGUAAAAUACUUGUAGAAAGUGAUGCAGAUACACACGAAGCUAGGGUUGUUUAUGCCAAAUUCCCAGACGACAUAGCAGAAAGGAAAGUCUUAUUAAUGUACCCUAUAAUGGGUACAGGAAAUACUGUGAUAAAGGCCAUAGCUGUCUUAAAGGAACAUAAUGUAUUAGAAGAAAAUAUCAUCUUGUCAAAUUUAUUUUGUACUCCAGUUGCAGCCAAAACUCUGGUCACUGUCUUUCCUAAGAUGAAGAUCCUGACCUCAGAGAUUCAUUGUAUUGCACCAAAUCACUUUGGACAAAAAUACUUUGGAACAAUUUAUUACGACAUAGGGGAGGCAGGUGUACAGUGGGAACAUUUUUGAAGAAAAUCUAAUAGAGAAAUUCUAUCAUAUAUCCUACAAAUUUCAAAGAGAUGACUUAUACAUAAAUUCAAAGAGUUGCUAAAUUAAACAAAGUUAUAGUAAGUAAAAUAUAUUUUUAAUUUUUGGCUGUGUAGUGUAUAUACAUAUGUGCCUUGAUGAUUAUUAUUGUUUAAAGGAUAGUUUAUAAUAUAUAGAAUUUAAAGUUCUUUUUAAAUCAGUUAUUUAAUAAAUAAAUUCAUUAUUUUAUAAUAUACGUUUUGUUUAGCAAUGUUUGUUGUUAUAAAAUGUUAAAUAUUUAUUUCUCAUAGCACAGAGUAUUUUUCAUAUAUUUAUAUAUCAAUAUCUCAUUAUAUUGCAGAAUAGAGAAUUUUAAUAGUGAUAGUUACAUUAAUACUUAUGUAAAUGUACAUUUAUAAAAUUUCGACAUAUUUUAUACGAAAUAAAAAAUUCAUUGUUGAUCGAGUGAAAAAUUUUAUAGAAAAAAUCAAAAAUAUUUUGUAAUUUAACAAUAAAUAUUUUCAUGGUAUAUAUAUAUACUUGGAUUUUUAUAUAUUAAGUAAGAAUUAAGUUUUUAUGUAUUACUUACCAUGUUUUUUAAAAAACAUUUCCUUCAUCCAUGUAUCCUAUAUAUUUUUCACAUAAUAUUAUUGGAAAUUUAAUAUUCUUACUUCUUCGAUAUUGUAUAUAUUAUAAAAGGAUUUAUUUUUGUUUUGUUUCAACAGUAAUAUGUAGAUAAUCGAAAUUGUAUAUAUAUAAAUUAACUCUUUGUUUAUUACAUCUUUCAAAGUAAUCAUACGCAAUAUAAAUAAUUGUUAUGAUUUGUAUAUAUUAUGUAUGAAGAAUUAUGAUAUUGCAAAUAUAUGUAUUUUAUUCAAAAUCUAUUAUAGUAAAUUUUAUUUAUUUAUAGCAUUAUUAUCCAGCACCUAUAAAUUGUUUAUCUGAUAUACAAUGCAUCAGAUUUAGUUCUGCUAAAAAGCAAUUAAAUUUUUUAAUGUUUGACAUUUUUAAAUUGUAAAUGUCAAAGCUAUUUCAGAUAUAUAAGCUAUUUCAUAUGAUAUAUUUAUUAUAGAAGUUUGUAGAUUAUAAUAAUUCAAGCAUAACAUAUUCUAACCAUAACCAGCAUGUAAAUGUAAUAAUAAAGCUUAAUUUCUUGAUAAAAUAAUAGGAGAGAAAAAUAGUAAUAUUAGGCCUUUCAAUGAUGCAAUAGCUAUAAAAUGUAAAGCUAUAUAAAUAUAUAUAUAAACAAUAAUAAAAUUAUUAUUAAUUGUAGAUAAAUAAAUAAAAACGUCUGUAAUUAAAAAUUGAAAAUAUUUCGAUAAUAGUUUUGUUAAUUGUUGCCAAAAUAUAUAUUUAGAAAUGUGUCGAUUGCACGAUUAAACUUUUGAUUUCUUAAAUUCCUUUAUUAUUCAAUAAGCAACAAAAAGGCCUCAAUAAUCUAAAAAUUUAAUGUUUGAAACGAAUAAAAUGUUUUGUUCCUUAUCAACAAUACUCUAUCAGUAUAUACACUGACGUUGAUUAGGUCACUUGUCUUUUUUCUUAUGACUAAAGUAUAUUAAAUAUUUGUAAAAUGCUUUGUCACAAAGGAAGUGCAACUUUGUUACUUGUUCCAUAUUUCCUUUCAAACAAUAAAUAUACAUUUACAUGAGAACAUUACAUUUGAUCGAUUAUAUUUAAUAAAUCUCUUGGUAUUCUAAUUUUUGAAUGCAUCACUAAUCCUUCAUUUCUCAUUUAUUUUUAUACAAUAAUUAAUUUGUCUUUCAAAUAUUGCUGUAUUUCUACGAAAAUUGUUACGUAUAUCCCUAAAGAAUAAUACACUUUCAUAGCAAAAAAAUUGCUAGACAAAGAAUUUGAAUUCUCUGUUACCGUUACUAUAUAAGAAUAACAAGACAAAUAGAUGAGGAUAAGAAAUAAUAUGAUUUCUAAUUAAUCUUCAGGAUAAAAUACUUACAAUUUGUAAGCUAACAUGCGCAAAUGAAAAAUUUUAAAGAGGCUGAAUAAUACUGUUCCUUCAAAGAAGAGCAUAAUUUAGUAGAUAAUAUAUAUAUAUAUAUAUAUAUAUAUAUAUAUAUAUAUAUAUAUAUAUAUAUAUAUAUAUUUAGAUAUUAUAUAUACUCUUUUCUAAAUUUUUUUGUUAAACUUCUAACAAUCUCAGCACACUAUAAUACGUUUAACUCCGAUCUGACCUUUUCAUUAUAAUGAUAAUAAUGAGCAAAAGAUGCUUGAUAUCUUUCAAUAUGAAAACUGUAAUGAGAAGCAAUGGAGAGAUAUAGUGUAAACGAUUCAACUUAAAAAUUGAUAUAGACUAAUAUUAUGAAAUAAAAUAAAAUCUCAUUUUGUAUGUAAAAAAAAAAAGAAAAAAAAAAAAAAAAAGAAAAAAAAUUGAUAUAGAUUUUUGAUUUCAAUUCGACGCGGC